AUGGGCAACCUGCAAUCAUACCUCGAUAGUCACAACCAGGAGGUCACCUCCGAGCAGAGACGGGUGUGGAUGAGGCAUGCUGCAGAGGCAAUGGCCGUUGCGCACUCACCGGCAAUCAUACACUGCGACCUCACCCCGCGCAACUUCCUCCUAAACGACGCGCUCGAGCUGCAUCUCUCCACCUUUGCUAGCUCCUCGGUCGCCGGCUCUCGGCCGUCCAACACAACGAGCGCACAGUUCUAG